AUGCCUCUUACUCGUUCGCAUCGAUCUACCCGCGCGGUCAACCGGGGUGGUGGUAUUCGACGACGCUUCUCUCGUGCUCGUAACACCCGACAGCAUCCUAUGGAUGCUCGUCACGGAAUUCGUCGACGUCUUGUGCGCAUCGCCCGUCGCCGACUCACUCGUCGUUUUUACCACUACCGUCGUUCCCCUCGUAACCACCAUGUCACACGCGACUGGAUGGUCCUCCCGGUCCUCAACCUUGCUCUUGAAAUGCGCGAGGCAGAAGAUCAAAUGCGCCGGCUAGUGUAG